GCUGCUGAGCCCUCUGCGAACAAGUCAAACGCUCAACGACGAAUCGCAAGCCAACCAUCAAUUCCCACUCCCCUCCUCACUCCUCACACCCCCCCGCACGCAUCUCCACUCGCCGUUGCCAGCCCACUACCACCACCUCUCUCUCUCUCUAUCUCUACAUCUCUCUUUCAUAUACAUGAACUCGACUCGGACGUGUUCGUGUGCUCCCUCGCAUGUCCAUUUGAUAAAUACACUUGAUUAGCCGCGCUGUCUGAAAUCUGCCACCACCACCACCACCACCACCACCACCGCCCAGCUCCCCAUUCCUCCACCCGGAUACCGACGCCUCGCUACCCGCCACCGCCACCCUCAACCACCACCUGCUCUCUGCCCUCCUCCUCCCCUCUCUCCGCCUCCCCCCUCUUUUCCUUUCUUUUUUGCCUCGGUCCCUGCGUGGUCGGAACCAUCCAAAAGCCACAGCCUCGACCUGCUUCCUCGUAAUCUUAAUCCCCUCCAGUCAAUCCCGCCCCCCCGCAAAAAGGGUUCCUUGAAGGUCGUGUUGGGUCUCCUACACAAUCGAGAGAUCGAGGAUUAAAAAGGGUAGUAGAAUCCCGACGCUGGGUUUUUAGUAUUUGUUUUUUGCCUUUUCGUCGAGCACUUCAUGUGCGCUCUCGCUCUCGCUCUCGCUCUCCCCUCGCGUAUAUUACACCCGCUUCGGGCCAUCCACUCCCUACCCCUUAUUUCGCCUUCCGUCUGAGUUUCUCUCCCUGUUAUGAAGAAUUGGUGCUCAUGGCUGCUUGCGCUUUGCUGAGCGGUGGCGACAAUGGCGGCAGCAACAGCAACAACGACGACAGCAACGGCCGCCGCGAGAGCCCGGGCUUCAUGAGCUCCUCCAACGUCGGCGCCAGCGCCGGCGACCACCUCCUGAACGCCCUCCACCUCCACCACCACCGCCGACAGCUCCACCAGCAGCCGCCGCCGCCGCCGCAGGAGAGCGGUAACAGGAUGAGGAAGAGGAUGGCUUCGGAACUCGAGGUGCAGGCGCCCCCCAGCGCCGAUUACUUCAGGCUUUCCCGGCGAAACACCUCCUCCGCCGCCGCCACCGCCACCGCCGUCGCCAGCGCCGCUUCGUUGAUGAGUAACCCACUAUCCGACGCGAACUGCUUCGUGCCCUCGAGAGAUGUUAUCAUCCCCAACCACUCCACUAUGAGCAUGCUACCUUCUUCCACGAACUUGACCGUGACGUCACUCGGGCCAGGGUUUUUAUCCCCCACUCCAUGCACCACCAUCGCGACGACGACGACCUCGCCUUACGCUGCCGAGACCGCCCUCUCGCCUCUCCUCCCGUCGCAGCCCCAGUCCCAAACCCCCGCGCUCUGCGUCUUCUCCGGCUUGCCGUUGUUCCCGCCGGAGAAACCCCUCGCCGCCGCCGGUUUCGCGCCGCCUCCUCCGACGGCGAUAAACCCUAGCGUCGGCGCUGGUGGCGUUCCCAUGGACGACAGCUCGGCGACGGCGUGGAUCGACGGCAUCAUCAAGGAUCUCAUCCAGAACUCCACGUCCGUGUCGAUCCCUCAGCUCAUCCAUAACGUGAGGGAGAUCAUCUACCCCUGUAACCCUAACCUCGCCGCCGUCCUCGAGUACCGGCUGCGCUCGCUCAUGAAGGAGCCGGUUCCGGCGGUGGAUUUGCAGUUGCAGAGGCAGUAUGAUAACCAGCAUUUCUCUGUCCCCGAUUCGAUGGUCCCCCAUGGUCAGUACUUGAACUAUGGCCUCGCAUCGCUACCGGCGGCCGUGGGCCAAGGGGGCAGCCGCCGCUUGCAGGAGCACGAGGCGAGCGCUUCGUCCGCAGGGGCUCCGGUUCUGACGUUGAACCAGGUGCAGCAGCAGCAGCAGCAGCCGCCGCCGCCGCCGCCUAAUAAUCCGCCGCAGCUUCAGCCGCCGGAGCGGCUGCAACAACCGCCACCUCAGCAGCAGCAGCAGCAGCAGCAGCAGCGCAGUGAGGCGGAGAACGACAAGUCGUCUACCUCCGGCGAGACGGCGCCGACUCCGACGGCCACGGCUGCCUCCGCCGCGGCGGCCGCGGCCCUGGCAAGGGAGAGGAAGGAGGAGAUGCGGAACCAGAAGAAGGACGAGGAAGGCCUGCACCUGCUGACCCUGCUCCUCCAGUGCGCGGAGGCCGUGUCCGCGGACAACCUCGAGGAGGCGAACCGCAUGCUGCUGGAGAUCUCCGAGCUCUCGACGCCGUACGGCACCUCGGCGCAGCGUGUCGCGGCCUACUUCUCGGAGGCGAUCUCGGCACGGCUAGUGAACUCGUGCCUGGGGAUCGACAUGACUCUCCCCUCCGUGCCGCACAGCCACAAGAUCUCCUCCGCCUUCCAGGUCUUCAAUGGGAUCAGCCCAUUCGUCAAGUUCUCGCACUUCACGGCGAACCAGGCGAUCCAGGAGGCGUUCGAGCGCGAGGAGAGGGUCCACAUCAUCGACCUCGACAUCAUGCAGGGCCUGCAGUGGCCGGGGCUGUUCCACAUCCUAGCGUCGCGGCCCGGCGGCCCGCCGCACGUCCGCCUCACGGGGCUGGGCACGUCCGUAGAGGCCCUGGAGGCCACCGGGAAGCGGCUGGGCGACUUCGCCGACAAGCUGGGCCUGCCGUUCGAGUUCAUCCCGGUGGCGGAGAAGGUCGGGAACCUGGACCCGGAGAGGCUGAACGUGAGCAAGCGGGAGGCCGUGGCUGUUCACUUGCUGCAGCACUCGCUCUACGACGUCACGGGUUCCGAUACCAACACGCUUUGGCUUUUGCAGAGAUUGGCGCCCAAGGUGGUCACGGUGGUAGAGCAGGACCUGAGCCACGCGGGCUCAUUCCUGGGCCGCUUCGUGGAGGCGAUCCACUACUACUCGGCCCUGUUCGACUCGCUGGGGGCGAGCUACGGGGAGGAGAGCGAGGAGAGGCACGUGGUCGAGCAGCAGCUGCUCUCCAGGGAGAUCCGGAAUGUGCUCGCAUUCGGCGGCCCGGCGAGGAGCGGGGAGGCCAAGUUCACCAGCUGGAGGGAGAAGCUGCAGCAGGCUGGGUUCCGGGGUGUCUCCCUCGCCGGGAAUGCCGCGACGCAGGCAACGCUACUCCUCGGGAUGUUCUCCUGCGAUGGGUACACGCUGGUGGAGGACAACGGGGCUCUCAAGCUCGGAUGGAAGGACCUGUGCUUGCUCACCGCCUCUGCAUGGAGUCCGCUGAACCUGCAUGCAACCUCGGCUGGGCUCAUUCGUCAUUUCUCUCACUAGGCCGGAGACUUGAUCGGGCAGGCGAUGUCGGCAGCGCGGAUGUGGACCAUGAUUGUGAGGAUGAUGUGGGAAAUUGAACUAUCAUGGGUUUAGUGAGGAUUUUCUAGUUGCUGGGACUAUGGUUGACAAUGUGGUGAUUUAGGUGAGCCAGAGUGAUAUCAUGUGCUAGGGGAAAUGGGUUGCACCAAUACGAGUUCUCUCCUUUUGGCCUUCUAAAGAUUUUCACCUGCUGUUACAUUUUCGUCUCCAUUGCCUUAAAUUUCUUGUGUAGAUCCAUAAAUCGGGUGAGGAAUCCGAGAUGACAGUUCAUUGUUAA